CAAAGUAGUCAUACCCAUAAGAUGGGUGAAGCGCUAACGCUGCUCAGUAGAUAGGUGUACGGUCCGUUUUGAUGUAAUGGUCUUCAAGCUUUGGUGUGGGCAGCAGACGCUGCGUCAAAGCUUCACUCGCCCUGGUUCUCGAGCAGUCACUAUAUCACUGUGCGAUAAGGAGGCACUCUCGGCUCUUGGAGAAUCCAAGGAUGCGGCAAGUUUGGUUCCCUCUAAAGAUGACUCUGACACGGAAGAUGAAGAUGACGAUGAGGGCGAUGAUUCGCAAACUGGUACGACACCCUAACGAGUAAUAUAUAGAUAGCACAGGCACCAAUCCUGGCACAACUGAGUCAAAGGCCGCCACGGGCGAGACACUGCGCCAAUAUUAUCCCCGGCUCGAGUGGAAGACGCUCCAAUCUGGACAUACGAGUCACACGUGGGACCCCUCGCUGAUCCUGAACCGAAUCAACAAUCUCCUUGUCAAACGAAUCGCACGCCAGAUACGUCUGCUUGUGAAGAUGCCAACUUUGACGCCUCGCAUAAUAGCUCCGAAUGUUCG